CUUACACCCCGCCAAGCCAUCAGUCUCCACAAAGCUGUCUUAUGGCCCGUUCUACUUUCAACACAUAUCAUCAUGGAAGGCUACGGCAUCGUCCUCAUCUAUUAUUUCUUCGCUCAGCCGGCUUUCUCACGCAAAUGGCAAUCGGUGGAUACCUUCACCCUCCGACACAAGUACGACGAGUGCGACGACAGCGGCAACUCUCAAAUCACUGCACCUUGGCAAAGUGGACUCGGCAACGCUGUUGGAUGUGACACCAUCAUAGACGCUUUUGCCAACGGCUACUUCUGCCACAAGUUCGGAUACCGCCCUGUCUUGCUUUUGCCGGUCCUUCUUGUUGGCAAGUUUCUUUGCGGUAUACAAUGGCUACAGGGUGUCUUUGCAACUAUGGCCCCGGCGUAUACCAGCGAGGUCUGUCCGAUGGCCUUACGUGGAUACCUGGUUGUCUACGUUAACCUCUGCUGGGCGUUCGGGCAGCUUAUCUCUGCAAGCGUACAGUCAGCAUUCUCCGGUGGAAACAUACAAUGGUCGUAUCAGAUCUUAUUUGCUAUUCAAUGGGCAUGGCCUAUUCCAUUGUUUCUUAUCCUAUUUUUCGCGCCCGAAUCUCCUUGA